GUUUUGCGAUGCGGUCCUCAUUCAUUCAUUCACCGACUACCAGUCCUGACCGACUUCUCCUCAAGAAAGAAAGAGAGAAAGAAAGAAAAAAAAAUUGAUCUGAGAACCGAUCGAAACACAGUAUUAAUUUUUACAUUAUCAAACGAAAAAUAGAAAUAAUAAUAAGUUGGUGCAUUUAGUCCAGUGGUCUAGUGAAAAUAGAAAUCAGCAAGUGUUGCCCACCCGAAGAAAACAGGAGACACAAUUAACGCAAUGAAAGAUAUAAAAGCGGAAAGCAUGCUGGGAUUGUCAGAGAUCACGGACAACAAGAAGAUAUGGCGUAUGCUCGCGGCUGAGAUGCUGGGCACCUUCUUCCUGGUCUUGAUAGGAUGCGCAUCGGUGGUCACCAGCGAUGGAUCGACCAUCCAAAUAGCAUUGACAUUUGGCCUGGUGGUAGCAAGUUUGGCGCUGGCGAUAGGACACGUGAGCGGAUGCCAUAUAAACCCGGCGGUGACCUGCGGCCUCUUCGUAACGGGCGAUAUCAAACUGCUGAAAGGGCUCUUCUACAUCGUGUCCCAGUGCAUCGGAGCUGCUGCAGGAUCGGCAGUUCUCAGAGCCGUUAUACCGACUACGUUGGAGGGAACCCUCGGAGCAACCGGACUCCAAGGAAUCACCGAAGUGCAGGGAUUCAUCAUCGAGAUUUUCCUCACAUUCGUCCUGGUCUUCGUGGUGCAGGCGUGCUGCGAUCCCCGUCGCAAGGACAUAAAAGGAUCCGCUCCUUUGGCCAUCGGACUCAGCAUCACCGCUUGCCACUUGGCUGCUAUUAAGUUAACAGGCGCCAGUAUGAAUCCAGCUAGGAGUUUCGGUCCGGCCGUCAUCAUGAACAAUUGGGUUGAUCACUGGGUGUAUUGGGCUGGUCCAAUCGUUGGUGGUGUUCUCGCUGGAUUUGUCUACAAAUUCUUAUUCAAGGUGCGAAAGGACGAGGACGAUUCCUACGAUUUCUGAAGAAUACCCGAUGCGAUCGUUUCGUACUUAAUACAUAUCAACGAAAGAAGAGAGGAGCAACGAAAAGAAAUUUCUUCGCGAACUCACCAAAAUCAUAACUCAUCAUUUAGAAUCGAACCCUCCUGUCCUCUAUUCCCCCUUUCCCCUAAUUGCGCCCAAAAAUUAAUUUAGAUUUAUUAAUCGACGUUUACGUAAGUGUAUAAAUUUAGUGAUUUUAAGGACAUAGAAAUAUAUUUUAUAUUAAAUUA